AGGAGCCGGUCGGCCCUUGGCGUACUUCUCACUACUGGAAGUGGACCAACGUCAGGGAGCAUCUGGAUACGAAGUGGGCGACACCGGCGAAAGCGACUUUGCAGAUGAACAAGUAGGCGUUCUUUGCUGGUACCGGUAUGAAAAGGGGGCUUGGAGACAUGUCUCCGUCGAAGAGAGUGGUUCAGCCUGACUCGCGGGAAUGCUGGCUCGUGGCCGCGUCGGCAGCCACGUACGUUUUCUUCUCCAUGAUCCUGGUCAAGACUGAGUCGGUCAUCUACGUUGGCUUCAUGGAGAUGCUUCAGCUCAGCAGGCAGGACGCCUCCUGGCCUCUCAGCAUAUCGCUCGUAGUCUCGCAGCUGGCCGGGCCUGUGUUCGGCCUGCUCUGCCUGUGGCUGUCCGAGAGGGCCGUCCUGAUCGCCGGCGCCUUGCUCUGUUCCGUGCCAGUCAUGGCGUGCGGUUUCGCCAACAGCCUCGCCGUUAUCAACGUGCUCUACGGAGUGCUCUUCGGCCUCGGCCUUGCAUGCGCCGAGCUGGUGCCGUUCUCAGUGGUGGCGCGCCACUUUGUGUCGUUCCGAGGCACGGCACUGGGCCUGCUGUUCAUCGUGACCUCCGUCUCGGGUUUUGUGUCCCCCAUGGCGCUGGAGUUCCUGCGCCAGACUUACGGCUUCCGCUGCACUCUGCACCUGGUCGGGGCCAUCAUACUCAACAUGCUGCUCGGGUGCUUCAUUGUGAGCCGCAUCGACCGCACCGAUAGUUCGAUCGACGAGCCGCCAGUCACCCCUACGAAAAGUAAGGACCUGCUUGCCGAGCCGCCUCGAAUGCCAGCCGAACGGCGGAGGUCUAGCUUCCAAGCAGCCUCGCUAGGACAGUCAUGCUCCAUCAAGCUGGCCCAGUCCAUUAUGUCGCUGGACAAGAGGGACCGUUCGGCGCGGGCCCAGCUGCGGCGCAACAUGCGCUCCAUGCUCGCGCUGCCCUUCGUGCACAUCUGCGUGUCGCGCGCGGCUGCCCUGUUCGCGCUCACCACCAUCCUCAUCACCGUGGUGGACUUCGGCGAGGACAACGGCCUGUCGGGGUACGACGCCGUGUCCCUGCUCACGGCGUACGCCAUCGGCGACCUGUGCUCGCGUCUCAUCACGGCGCUGGUGCUCGACACACGCUUCAUGAGCACCGGCUCCACGCUGCUGUGCAUGUUCGUGCUACAGGCGGUCGUCAUGGCCGUCAUGAGCUUCGAGACGAACUACUGGGUGCUGCUGGUGUGCUGCUUCGUCACCGGCCUCUCGAGCGGCGGCCGCUUUUUCACCUGCACCGUCAUGGUGGCCGAGGAAUUCGACGAGGACGCCAUUUCUCUAAACCUGGGGGUCAUGAACUUCGUGUCCGGCAUCGCGUGCUUCAUCAGACCGCCCAUAAUCGGUUACUGCCGUGACGUGCUGGGUUCGUACACGCCGCUGUACCUGUUGCUGGCCGUCAUUAACGCAUUCUUCACUGUCACAUGGAGCCUGAAGUUCAUUCUUUCUUUCCGCAAAAAGAAGGCACCACCGCCUCUCAGGGAAGUCCUACAAGAGCUGCCAGAUGCAAGAGGACGAAUAGGGAGCAUCACGUCAUUUUGAAACACACUUCUGCAAACUAUGUUACAUAUAUUACGAUUCAUUUUCCAGCUUGGUUGAAAAGGUUGCCUCGGAAGGCACAAAAUACAUCCCAGGCCUCUGCUGAAAAAAAAUAGAACUGAGUAAUAGGUAAAAGAGGGAAACUAAUUGAGGCUUGUUAAUGACAACCAAGGGUACAAGGACUCGGGGCGUUAACGUGACAAUAACUAAAACGAGAACAAAAGCGCACAAAACCGGGUUGCAAGCGGAGACGUUAUCAUAGAGCGUUUGACCACAAGUACCACAGCUGGGACUUCGUUUCAACGUGAACUGGCUGACUUCUGAAUGCAGUGCCCCAUGCUCUGCAGGAAGCAAUUUCUUUAUGAGUAAACCAAGAGCAGUGACACGAGAAAGCUGCUAGGUUGCAUCAUUGCGCAUUCGUAGUUAUUGACACUGCGAGCUGCAGCGAAAACGGAGGAUGACGCCUGUAUACAUGAAAGGCCAUUUUCAGCUACAACAGAGAGCGCGGUUAUUUUUUCGCACGUGGCUACACGGCUAGUUACAUCGGGCAUAUAUAUAUACACAAUACGACUUGCAAGAUCACUGCCAGAUAAUCGAUGCAAAUUUCAGGAAGGAUAAGCCAAGGAAGAAUAGCACCCUCCACGUCAUCACGUUACUUCUACAGCGGUGAAUGUCCAUACUCCAAGAGAAAUUUUGAUGUAGAAGUGCAAAAAAAAUGAUGAUAAAGUGGUUAAAAUAAAAUCCGAUGACACCUAAGUA